AUGAAGCUGUCCUUUAGUUAUCUGGUGAUCACCGCUGGCAUCUUCGGUAUCCUCAGUUUUGCGUUCCUGGCUACGGCGAUCGGGAGCGACUACUGGUACAUUAUUAAGGUGAACAGAACCAACCGGACCGAUACAGACGUUUCGGAUUCCCAUUCCGGACUGUGGAUAACUUAUGAAGGUCAGAAGGUGUAUUCUUACACAUUUAACUCCCCCAACUACUCUGAACCUGAGAUGCACAUGAUGAACAUGCACAGUGCGAUUGUGGUCCUAUUGCCUCUAAGCCUGGUCCUGCUGGUGUUCGGAGGCAUCUGUGGAUUGAUCAGUUCCCUGGCCCGGAGCCCCGCCCUCCUCACUGGCACCGCCUCCUAUCUCAUCCUCUGCAGUGUUCUGACCCUCUCUGGUGUCAGCCUGUACAUCAGUUACUCCCAACAGGCGCUGGCUGAGACUGAGAGGCUGGUGGGGGCUGAGCGUUUGGCCCAGGUGGUCAGCACCUCUUUCGGCUGGUCCCUCGGCCUGGCCUGGCUCUCCUUCUGCGUGGAGGUCCUCACUGGCCUGCUGCUGCUGCUAGCUGCCCGCCUAGCCACCCUGCAGCACGGACCACAAGGCCACGGCUGGCCUCUCCAUGUUGUAACCUAA